AUGGCAUUUAUUCAUUCCUCAUCUGUAGAAUGCGCAAAGUCAGAAUUGGAUCUUUUUGAAAUAAAGCCCACACAAACAAGUAUAGAAAAAAGCCUCUAUGUAAAGGUUCAACCGCUCGCCGCAAUUUCUGAAACAUCACCGCUUGAAUUUUAUAUUUCAGGCAGCGGCGAGCAUUAUUACGAUCUGAAUAACACCCUUUUAUAUAUUGUUUGUAAAAUCGUUAAAAAUGAUAAUUCACAGAUCGCUGAAAGUUCGCGGGUAAGUCUAAUCAAUUACCCAGUAGCAACACUAUUUAACCAGCUAGAUGUAACGCUUGGAGACCGGCUGAUAUCACAAUCCAAUAAUCUGUACGCAUACCGGGCAUACAUUGAGACGCUUCUUAAUUACAGCGCAGAAGCCUUAUCCACGCAAUUUACCGCUGGUCUGUUUUACAAAGAUACAGCGGGCCAUCAUGAAGAUCGUGUAUUGGCUGGUGACAACGAAGGAUUCGUAAAGCGUGCACAGAUGACUGAUCGCGGAAGGACUGUUGAAUUACUAGGACAUCUACACAGUGAUCUCUUUUUUCAAGAAAAGCUUAUACUGAGUGGAUUGGAUUUAAAAAUAAAACUGACCCAAAAUAAAGAUUCUUUUUGUUUAAUGUCUGCAGAAGCUGACCUUCUGAAACUUCAAAUUCUAAACGCAUCACUAUUUGUCAAAAGAGUACAAAUAUCACCAGCGGUGAGAAUAGGUCACGCGCAAGGACUUUUAAACGGUAAUGCUAAAUAUGCCAUAGAGCGCAUCAGUAUGAAAGUAUUCAGCAUACCGGCCGGCAGUCGUGUCUGCAACCAAGAAAACCUGUUUCUGGGGCAGUUACCAAAGUUUGUCGUUUUAGCAUUUGUAGACAAUGAAGCUUUUUCAGGCGCAUAUGACAGAAAUCCACUGUGUUUCAAACAUAACAGCGUGAAUUUUGCAGCGCUAUAUCUGGAUGGUGAGCAAAUCCCUUCAAAACCAUUCCAACCGGAUUUCGAACAUUCUAAUGCAGUGCGUGAAUAUAUGUCAAUUUUAUUACUGGCGCAGAAAAGCUGUGGAGAUUCUGGAAUCAUAAUAAACAGAGAUGAGUAUGUGUCAGGCUACACACUAUUUGCAUUUGACUUAUCGCCGGACCAGGAAUGCAGCAGUCAUUUUUCACUAAUCCGUAGCGGCAGGGUUUGA